AUGGGAUCAACCGCCACGACGGCCAACAUGGAGCACGAGACACUGGCGCGCGUGUACGCCUCGUCCGACGUGGCCGCCACGCGGGCGCUCUACGACGAAUGGGCCUCGACGUACGACCGGGAAAUGGCCGACGCGUCGCAAAACUACGUGGGCCCCGCGCUCGCCAGCGCGUGCGUGCUCAGGAUGGUCGGGCCGGACGACCUGGCGCGCGCGGCGGUGCUCGACGCCGGGUGCGGACCGGGCCUCGUCGGCCUUCACCUCGCCCGCGCCGGCGCCCGCACCAUUGACGGCAUCGACCUCAGCCCGGGCAUGCUCGGCGUCGCGCGCAGGACGGGCGCCUACCGCGCCCUCGACGCCGUCGACAUGUCCGGGCCGCUGCCGCAGCGCGACGCCUCGUACGCCGUCGCCGUCUGCAUCGGCACCUUUACCCAGGGCCACGUCGGGCCCGACGCCAUGGCCGAGCUGGUCCGCGUCGUCCGGCCCGCCGGCUUUGUCGUCGCCACCGUCCUCGCCUCCAUCUGGGAGACGGGCGGCUACGCGGCCAGGGUGGCUGCUCUCGUUGCCGAGUCCAGGGCUAAGCUGGUCAGCGCCGACCUGACCGACUACCGCCAGGGCGCGGGCGUGCAGGCCCGCAUGGUUAUUCUUCAAGUGCUAUAG